AUAAUAUAUACUCCUGGUAACAAUGGUGGAGGAAAUACACGCCGAAUUCGUGAAUGGAGCCGGUGAACAGUUUCAGAUAGAGGAUAACUCUCUCAUUAUUCCUACCAAUAUCGAUAGGUUUGGAUUAUCAAAGAUGAUUAACGACCUUUUAAUAUUUGAUGAACCGGUAGCAUUUGAUAUCUUGUUCAAAGAGGAACCACUGCGUUGUACCAUCUCAGAAAAGCUAGAGCAGUACAAUAUAAAAUCUGAGACUACAAUAAAGCUUGUUUACAUUUUGGCAAUCACAGAACCGCUGGAAACGGAAAUAGACUCACUAAACGAAUGGAUAUCCGAUAUAUCUUAUAAUAAUAAGAUACUUUCUACAUGUUGUUAUGAUGGACAUAUUUCAAUAUAUAAGGUAGAUGAUAUGGUGAAGUCCAUAAAUUUUUUUAACCAAAGUAAAUCGGCAAGUUCCAUUCACAUGUACAAUAGAAAUUUUGGUUCACAUUUUGAGUUGAUAUGUGCUAGUAUAACUGGUUUAAUUGAAGUUUACAAAGUUGAUAUAAGUGAAGAACAUCCAGAAUAUUCUCUGGUUGCUGCCAGCGGAAAGGAAUAUGAUACCAUAACAUCGCUAACUACGGAUAAGAACGGUUAUGUUUUAUUGGCUGGAGGAUAUAACAAUACUAUUUCUGUUUACGAAAAUCCUAAACUGUUAACGAACACAGGAGAUAAUCAAAGUAUUCAUAAAACCGGAAAAAGGGUAUUGAAUGAAGUGUACACAUUACCUUUACUUCAUAACCUUGAGAGUCACAGACAACCCAUCACAGGCCUAGAUUUUUUACCGCUGCAAGAAAAUAUAUUUGUAUCAUCGUCCCAGGAUGGCACACUUCUAAUUUGGGAUUUGAACGGAAAAUCUUGUUUAUCACAAUAUAACACUGGGAAGCCAAUAUCGUGUUUUUCUAUUUCCCCUCAUGGUCCACAGAUAUCCACCGGUCACAAUGAAGGUGGUAUUACUAUUUUAGAUAUACGUUGCAAGGACACAGUGGAUUUUUAUACAGAAGCAUCUAAUUUUGUUGAUCCAAAGGUUUCAAGUGUUUGCUCCAGCAAUAUACACAACAAAUUGGUUGGAUCCAUCUCGUGGAACCCUGUUAAGAGGAAUAUUAUUGCCUCAUUUGGCCUUGACGGAUGUGCCUUCUUGAUUGAUAUACGGUCACCUAAAUUUCCACUACAAAUGACGCAAUUCGAGCUUGAUAGUGAGCACGACAGGGGAACACGUUGUUCUUGGAUAAAUGCAGAUAACUUAGUUUGCACUACGGCAUCUGUAAAUAAUUUGACGUUAUUUGAUCUUCAAUAAAAUAGAUUGUAUAACGUAUAGCUAGG